GCUGCGGCGGGUCCAGGCCAGGCGACGGGGCCCUUCGCCCGGACGAAAUGGUAUCCUUAGGUGGCGAGCCAGAGCUGACGGCCCAAAGCAGCGGUGCUCCUUUCCCAAGCAGGGCACCGGAGGCCAGGAAAUCUGAAAGAUGACAGUUACAACAUGGAGAAAAAAAUCCCACAGUGUGAAAAGUGACCUUAUGCCAAAGCUGAUCCCUCCCAUUUUGUUUUUGCUGCUGGCUAUCCUGCUGGUGAACCUGGUCCUCUAUCAAUACCUCAGCAAUGUCUCUGUUUCCUAUGGAAAGACCGACAUGGGACUCGGCGUUUGUCCAUACGGUUACUUCCAAUUAGGUACCCUGAAGAACUGCUCGCCAUGGUUGUCUUGCGGGAUCAUAGGAGGAGAAGUCCGCAAAUUGAAACGCGUGGGUGAAGGUGCUGUGAAAAGGGUCUUCCUUUCUGAGUGGAAGGAAAACAAAGUUGCUCUUUCACAGUUAACAAUGCUUGAGCUACAGGAGGACUUUCUUCAUGGACUGCAGAUGCUGAAGUCUCUACAGGGCAAGUAUGUGGUCAAACUCGUUGGCUUUUGUGCGGAGGAUUUCCUGAUUCUAACUGAAUACCAUCCCUUUGGCUCCUUGAAGAAUCUGAAUCAGGUACUGAACUUACCAAAGUACAAGGUCUUCAACACAUGGCAUCGCAGGUUCAUGCUGGCUAUAGAUUAUGUGAGCAUCAUCCAUUACCUGCACAACAGUCCUCUGGGCACCUUUGUGAUGUGUGACUCCAGUGACUUAGAUAAAGUACUUUCGCAGUAUUUACUAACAAGUGACUUUCACAUUGUUGUAAAUGACUUGGAUGCCUUGCCCCUUGUGAACAGGAGUGCUGGAGAACUGGUCAGGUGUGGCCAUCAAGAGCUUCAGGGUGAGUUUGUAGCUCCUGAGCAGCUUUGGCCUUAUGGACCGGAAGUGCCAUUUGAAGACAGCCUCAUGCCACCAUAUGAUGAAAUGACAGACGUAUGGAAAAUCCCUGAUGUUACAAACUUUCUGUUGGGAGAAGUAGAAGGGAGUGACCUGGUCAGGUUUCAUUUAUUUGAUAUCCAUGUGGCAUGCAAGAAGAGCCCAGCCGAAAGGCCGUCUGCUGAGAAGGUUUUGGACUCAUACAGGAGAGUUCUAACAUCUCUUGUUCGAGGAACAGUAAUGCCAGGGACCAGGGACAUGUUAUAGGAAUCUUGUAGACUAUGUUUGGCACCACGGCUACACUUGCCACGUAGUCUUGCCUGCCUAUAAUGAAAUGUACACAGGGCUGUAACUAAGGGGGGGGGGAAUAAUCUCUCUGCUUAUUCAGUCUCCUAAUCAAUAUCGUCCUCCCACUGUUUUCUACUGUCACCGGUUUCUAAAGAAUGGGAGAAAAAUAUCAAUGAUCUAGGUUUGAAAAAUUACAAUUUUUUAAUCUAAGAUUUCCUUGCCUAAAUCAUAGACUUGGCUUGCUAAAAGGAGUUAGAUAAUUGCACAUGGUACUUUUCUGUUCUCGUUCCAUUUCUUAGUCAUAGUCUCUGCCUACUGUCUGGUAAAACUGCACAUUCCAGUACAAAAUUAUUAUACAGGGAUCUGUUUCUAUGUAGCAGGAUCUGAAAAUGAAGUGAGUUAGAUGCCUGAACUCAGCUGUCAUCAGUAUAGGAGUAGGUUACGUUUUCAUAGAUGAGUGCUAUGUCCAGAACACUGCUGCCCAGUGCGGGAGGCAGAACUAAAUGCUAUGAAGGAAACUCUGUAAGAUCACGGAGCUGAUGGUUUGCAUUGCAGGUGCAUCUGGUUUUCUUAAGCAUUACUGUAACUAAGGGAGGUGGCAACACUCCCUGCUUAUUCACUCCCCGAUCCAGAUAGCCUCAGUCUGGCCUGUGGCCUCUGCCUCUGGUGUUGCAGAGCUCUGUUUGCUUUGCUCUGAGGUCUUCUGGUGAGCGGCUUCUAGGCUGUUCUGGAUACCGAAGACAAGGGCGCCAUUACUGAAGCUGAGUAAUUUCUCCCUGGCCAGGAGUCGGGAGGAUGACCCCAGGAGGACCCUGAAACCAGGACACGAAGGCCCUGCUCCUCAGUGCCUCCACCGCUCCUUCAGCGAAUUCUCUCCUUUAGCCCCCAUCGAGCAUCCGUACAAAAGGCUUCCCCUUUUCAUUCUGCCAUGGGCACAUUCUCUCUGGCAAUAUAUAGCCUCUUGGCCAGCCUUCGCUACCUCUCAGGCUCUGAGCCCCACUGGUUCAUAAUUAGGGACCAAUGAGAAUGGACAGUUGACCAGUCAUUUGUGGUUUCUGUUUGGGUGUCUUUUUUCUUCUUCCGGAAAUGGAGGGGGGAAAUGUCUCAAUUUUACUCAAGUCAGUUUUGGUGGCUGGAAACAGGAGAGGCCUUUACAGGACUCAGAAAAGGGGACUCUUGAGGAAUCAUAUUUUCUUUUUGAUGGUCCUGGUGUGAAGAAAAGCUCUUAUGAAGAGAUUUUGAGGUGGCCUUUUGAACGCACCCAAAAGGAGGGCAGGAGGGUCUCUCCAGGGAAGGAGGCUCCAGAGAACUCGUAGAGAAGGGCUGCUCGGUCAGCGUCAAAAAAGGCCACUCAACCCCCAGGGUAGUUUAGGCACACUUGGAUCCUCUUCAGCUCCCCGGUCAGGGUCAGGAGAGGAUCAUGGCCUUCUGCGGCAGCACGGUAACCACCAUCCCACUUCCCCACAGCCCGGAUCCCUUCCUCAGUACCAAAGGUGAAGUCUCCCUCCUCACAGACUUUCUGGCCACCCCCACAGCCCAUUCUUCCUCACUUCCCACCAGGACUUCCCAGAAAUGGCGGCCUGCUCUGAACCCCUCACAGCCCAGCACAAUACCCCACGUGUCAAAUCUCUCAGGAUUGUUGGGCAGGGCUUGAGCUUUUUCUCCAUCUCUCACGCUUUUCUGACCCUCAGACAGGAUAAGUUCGGGAUGGGCCGUGUCUGGAUACAGAGUCACAUUCGCUUUCUGCAGGUCAGAUCCAGAAUUUAGGGUGUCUUUGAAUUGCUUCUUCAUGCCCUCCAAAAGGGGAUUUAAAUCCGAUAAGUCCCAGAUGCGCCACUUCAGUGCAAGAGGAAAAGCCACUGAAUGUUUGGGUGUCUGCCCCCCUUCUGUAAAGGUUCUCCCCCUCCCUCACGGGUGUCAACAUCAUAAGUGAUCUUCAUGGGGGAAAUAACUGGGAGGCAGUUGCGGGUGAGAGAAGAUUCAGCCUCGUACGUGCCCACCCGUCCACCUGUUUGCACAAAUGCACGUUUGGGCAUAUGUUUUGCUGAUACACUUGCUGACCCUGCUCUGUGAGAGAUGCAGGCAUGGGCUGCCGCCUUGCCCCAUUAAGAGGCUCACAAGCAGUAAAUGUCAUGGCUGUCUGGGGCCCACAUAACUAACUGCUGGGGUGCCGUGGCCUAUUCAGGAUGAUGAUGCAAUUCUGGGCAUGCUAAAGGGGUGAGUGCAGCAUUUUCUGGGGCUGGUCUACGCAUUGCCUCCGGCCCUGCUUUGAAGGGAGUGCCAGCCAUGACGCAACUGCACUCUCCCACCCACUGUGGCCAGCUUGCCAGAGAUUAGGAGACUCCCCUUCCCCAGCUCCAGAAAGAGGAGGCCAUGUGGGGGGAUGGGAUUUCUCAGUCCUCCUGGGCUUGUGCCUCCAACAGCACUGUUCCCAAUCCCUAGCCAGAAGUUCACAAAUGGCUGACUUAAUCGAAACUGCACUGACCACAGGAAGUAAUGAAGGAAACCUGUAUUUCCAUCCUUUAUUUUUAAAAACUCACAACAUCCUUGUGAGGUAGGUUAGGCUGAGAGUGUGUG